UCCCACUGCCAUGGAUGCAUGGCAGAGACCAUAGUCCAGGCUAUGAAUGUGGCAGCCCUCAGGAAGGUCUGUCAACAGGGUUUGAAUCCUGGAUGUUAAGCCCUGCAGCACAGAUUUCUACUAUAUGAGCUAAUGGAGACUCUCCACUACUAGCAUUUUUCAUCUGAGAUACUCAAAGAACUUCACAAAUGAUAUAAAACCCUCUGAAUAUUCCUAUUUAUUGAUGGGGAAACUGAGGCACAGAGGUUAGGUGACUUCUCCCUGGUCACACAGCAAAUUGACGUAAAUGGGAAUAUAAAUUAUAUCUCCCGAGUCUGAUAUCUUAAAAACACAGGUACUUCAGCUCUGAAGGAAAAUGAAAGGUGGUGUUACUGAAGAACAUAUGUACCUGGCCUACUCCCACCAAUUUGAAGAUUGCAUCUUUCCUCUCCACACAUCAAUAUCCUUGUUUUUGCUGUCCUAUUGUGACCGCAAAUUAUUCAAAGUUUUCUUAGUACCUUCUAGUGAUGAUACAGAUGACCAGUUAUUUGGUAAAGCACAACCUGAUGACCUAGAGGUCCACUUCAUCUCAAGGUGCCAACUCCCUUUGGUUGUCCAGAGCUGCUGUUUGCCUGCUAUAGUUGAAGAAAAUGGCAAAUUCUGUCGAGCGGGGCUUUCUGUUGUGUUGAGGCACAUAAUACAGAAAACAUAUGAGAUAGAUCCAUCAAAGAAGUUGGUUUUGGAACUUUUGGGGUUUAAAAAGACCUGCCUAAAAGCCUGUGCUGAAGUUAGUCAGUGGACCAGACUUUGUGAGAUCAGCAUCCCUCAGGCUGUUGAGAGCUUAUUGAAUGCAUCUCCUGAUCAGUGUCAGGCCAUUCCACCUGAGGUUUUGCUUCUUGAGAAGAAGCUAGGAGAACCUGUCAGAGUGCACAAUGAUGACAAAAUUCGACGGCAGAAACUUCAACAGCAAAAGGCAGGUGAUAAGACUGCAGUGCCUGCCCUCGCUAAAAGAGCAACAAAAAAUCUUAGCCCAGAAGAAAUCAAGGACCAAGAACCUGCAAAUCUGGAACUGAGAGUAGCUUUCUCAAAAUUAGUUGUGCAGGAAAUACCUGCUACAACCAACAGGGAGCCCUCUCACAUCAGGAAAACAAAAACCUCUGAUCUCCCACCUCUGGAGCAUGUUUUUGCUGAGGGGCUUUAUUUCACUCUGGCAGAUGUAGUGCUUUUGCCAUGCAUCCAUCAAUUCUUGGUUUUCAGUAAGAAGCACAACAAAAAUCUAUUAGAUUUGCCUUUGAUAUCCAGUUGGUACCACAGAGUUCAGGAAGUGCCUGGAGUAAAGAGCGCUGCUGUCAAGUGCAAUAUGCAAUUUCUCCAAUUUCCAGAUUUGCUGUCUUUCCCAGAUGAGCAGCUGAGAGACUUCGAUACAAUUCCUGAUGACUUAGAGGAAGAACAUGAAGACAAUCAGUUUAUAGGUGGUCCAAGGCCAACCAUGACAAAGUUAAUGGAAAGCGGUAUUGAAGCAAAGUUUUCUCCUCAUCCCUGCCCUAGGUGGACCCUAGAUUGGAACAGUCUACCAGCAGCAGUCACUCCUGGAGAAGGAAAGAUGUCCAGUGAUCGUGCUCUGAGGAAACAGCAGCAAUUGAACAAUCUGGUGUCCAUGGUGACAAAAUUAUCUAAACCCGGAGAUGUGAUUGUGGAUUUUUGCAGUGGAGGGGGCCAUGUCGGAAUUGUUCUUGCUCACAUGUUGCCAUCAUGCCAGGUCGUGCUGAUAGAAAAUAAGGAGUUGUCAUUGGUACGUGCUAAAGACAGAAGUGAUGAAUUAGGAUUACACAAUAUUUGGUUCAUUCAAGCAAACCUGGACUAUUUUAAAGGAACUUUUAACAUUGGGGUGGCUCUGCAUGCUUGUGGCGUGGCAACAGAUAUGGUGAUUGAGCACUGCAUCGAGGCUCAUGCAGCCUUUGUCAUCUGCCCUUGCUGUUAUGGUUUCAUUCAGAAUACAGUGAAAUUUACAUUUCCACGAAGUCAUCGGUUCAAGGAAGUUUUAUCCUAUAAGGAGCACAUGAUUCUUUGCAGAUUUGCAGAUCAGACAGCUGUUCAGCUUCCACCCGAACGCAGACUAAUAGGAAAACACUGUAUGGGGCUGGUGGAUCUGGAUCGGGCAUGGGCUGCAGAAGGAGGCAACUACUCUGUCCAAGUGAUGUCCAUGGAGCCAGAGAGUUGCUCCCCAAAGAACAACAUGGUAGUGGGUGUCCCUAUUUAGGUUAAGAUUUAUAUUUAAUUUUAAUUUAGGCAUCAAUCAUGAUCAACGCCUGAUAACAUCCAGGGGUUCAAACUGCUGGGAAGCAGACAUCAAACAUCCUGAACCCAUGGUCUUCAGAAGAGGAAGUAGCAGGAAAAGGGUUGGAAAGUUGGUUGCCAACAGAGCAUCACAAAUCCUACUUGUAAUAUGUUAUUAAAUGACUGCUGCCUUUCAUAAUGAGAAUCCUCAGAAUUGUUCACCUGUCCACAGAGUAAUAUCCACCAGUAAAGAUUGGAAAAGUUUUGGUUUCAUUGCUGGAAAGGUGAUUUUCUUUUCAGUACAGCCAUCUCCGCUGGUUUUUCACAUUUUGAAAUUACAACUCAAAACUAUAUUUAUGUUCACAGGUUGAGUAUUUAUCUGACAGCAAUGUAGGUCUCCAGAUGGAAAGUAAGAGUUGCUGAAUGUUUUGUACUUACAUUUGAAAAAUCUAGUCACAUAUUUAUGGUGUGACUUUUUAUGGGCAGUCUGUACAAUAAUAGAUCGUACAUACUGUAUGGCAUUAGUUGACUUUUUGUUAUAAAAAAUCUACACUGCUGUAACAGUAUUGUUUUUGAUAAAGAUCCUUGAAAUACUUUCUGCAUCAUUCUACUCAUCAAAAUACAUAUUUUAAUCUCUUAA